UUCCUCGCCUCUCAUCCAGCAACAUACUGUCCAGAUUGACUUCUUACACACGAUCAGGAUUAAGAUCAAGAUCCACAUCUCGAUAACACCAUCAAGAUGUCUUCCGGUGCUGGCAACAACGCUGUCGCCGUUAACAAUGACUUUGUUAAUGGCCGUCAACCACAUGCUGAUAUCUCCAUCACCUUCGGUGGAAGCUCAUGGUACUACACUGUCUGCGCCAUCAUGACCUUCGCGACCAUUGUCUUCCUCGGUCUCGGAUACACCAAGCCGCGCACCCACCGCGCCUUCCACUACAUCACCGCUGGUGUCACUAUGGUCGCUGCUAUCGCCUACUUCACUAUGGGUUCCAACCUCGGCUGGGUCUCCAUCCCCGUCGAGUUCCACCGCUCUGGCGCCACCGUUCAAGGCGACUACCGUGAGAUCUUCUACGUGAGAUACAUCGACUGGGCAAUCACCACCCCUCUUCUUUUGACCGAUCUGCUCUUGACUGCUGCCAUUCCGGUCCCCACCAUCCUCUUCGUCGUUCUGGCCGACGAGGUCAUGAUCGUCACUGGUCUCGUUGGUGCCUUGAUCAGCUCCAGCUACAAGUGGGGAUUCUUCGCCUUCGGUUGCGCCGCUCUCGUCUACAUUACCUACCACCUCGUCUGGGAGGCUCGCAUCCACGCCAACGCUGUGUCAAAGGAGGCUGGCCGCGCUUUCCUCAUGUGCGGCUCCCUCACUGCCUUCCUCUGGCUCCUCUACCCCAUUGCCUGGGGUAUAUGCGAGGGUGGCAACGUCAUCGGCGCUGACGGUGAGGCCAUCUUCUACGGUAUCCUCGAUGUCCUCGCCAAGCCCGUCUUCGGUGCCAUGCUCAUCUUCGGUCACCGCAACAUCGACCCUGCCACCCUCGGCCUCCACAUCCGUGACUACACCUCAGACGACAUCGCCGUCCGCGAGAAGGGUCACGGUCUCGACGUGAACGGCCACCACCACGGUAACGGUACCACUGCCGCCCCUGCCAACGGUGUCAACGGCCACGGUGUCGUCGACGGCACCCACACCAACGCUGCUGCCGGCCCUACCUCCAUUUAAAAGCCUCGUGCACAUGCGCAGCAAAAAAAGAUGGAAGAAGGAACGUCUUGAAAGAUCAAUCUCUGCCAACAACAAAAAGAUAUGAUCACUUCCGAUCGUGUACUCCUACGCGAUCAUGUUUGCCACAGUAUACCCCUCCGAUUUUACCUCCUGCC